AAAGGAAGUCAGGAGGAGUAGCCGAGAUUUGGGCGCUGAUUGGGGCCGAGCGGAAUCUGCCACGCCUACAGGGAGCGUGGCCUGAGGCAGGCACCUCCGCCCGGGGCUUGAGCGACAGCGAGGCCGGAGGAUUGAAAACAGCGAGCCGGGACCCGGCCAAGGCAGACAGCGUGAGGACCGAGAGAGGCGAAGCAGGGGGAGCAGUUAUUUCAUAUUAGCAGCAGCAGCAACCGACACGGACAAGAAAACCAAGUCGAGAUAUAAGCCGUGUUCGUUAUUACAGAUUUUAGUUUUCUGUUACGCGGACUGUGAGAAAUGUGAACCGCGUUACGCAAACUAUCAGAGGCACAUACCGGUAAAUCGAAGCGGUGUUUGUGUCACUGUCAGUCCGGGCUGACUGCUGUACUAGUGAGGCGUUCUCCCGUUUCCGCGGUUACUGCUUUUUUUUGUUGUGUAUUUGUUUAUAUUCUCGUUUUCCGUGGCCUGUAUCUGUUGUAAACCCACGCCACUCGUGUGUGUGUUUUUGGCUGGGUGCGUGUGAGUAUGUUUCCGCUGGACUCCCCUUGGAAUAUCUCCUUCGCUGGCUGCGGGUUUCUGGGCAUCUAUCACAUCGGAGUCGCCAGCUGCCUGCGGGAACAUGCCCCGUUCUUAGUGGAGAAUGCGAAAAAUAUCUACGGGGCCUCGGCCGGGGCGCUCACCGCUUCUGCCCUGGUCAGCGGAGCCUGUCUAGGGGAGGCCGGGGCAAACAUUAUUGAGGUUUCGAAGGAGGCUCGGAAGCGCUUCCUGGGGCCCCUGCACCCCUCCUUCAACCUGGUGAAGAUCAUCAGGGGCCACCUGUACAAGACCCUGCCAGCCGACGCACACCUGCUGGCCAGUGGCCGCCUGGGCAUCUCCCUGACCCGUGUGUCGGACGGGGAGAACGUGCUGGUGUCCCAGUACAACACCAAGGAGGAGCUGGUGCAGGCGUGUGUUUGCAGCGCAUUCAUCCCGGUGUACUGUGGACUGAUUCCUCCAACUCUGCAGGGCGUGAGGUACGUGGACGGAGGGAUCACAGAUAACCUGCCACAGUACGAGCUGAAGAACACCAUCACCGUGUCCCCCUUCUCCGGGGAGAGUGACAUCUGCCCUCGAGACCCGUCUACCAACAUCCAUGAGCUGAGAGUCACCAACACCAGCAUACAGUUCACCCUCACCAACCUGUACCGGCUCUCCAAGGCUCUGUUCCCUCCGGACCCCCAGGUGAUGAAGGUCAUGUGCAAACAGGGCUACAAGGACGGCCUGAAUUUCAUCAGGAGAAAUGGUGAGAUGCUCUUCGUUACUGCCUCUCAUUCCAGUCUCAGUCUCUCUGGCUGUCGGUACAGGCAGUAAGAGCCAGCAGUCCUGGACACCACCACCUCGUCCUCUCUCUCGUACUCCGUGCACCCAUCACACCGCCUGGAGGAUCACAUCUUCGAGCACCUGCCUCCCAGACUGCAUCGAGCUCUGGUGGAGGCCUGCAGGGAGAAGAGGAGUCUCUUCAGCUCCAUGUCCAACCUGCUGCCAGUCAGACUGGCCUCUGCAAUGAUGCUGCCCUACACCCUGCCACUGGAGUCUGCUGUGUCCUUCACUGUGAGGUUGCUGGAGUGGCUCCCGGACGUCCCUGAGGAUAUCGAGUGGAUGAAGGCGCAGAGCUACAAGGUGCUUCACUACCUGCUGAGGAACGCCAAGAAGAGUCUGAGCCACCACCUCUCCACCAGGCUGUCCUAUCAUCUGGAGCUGCGCCGCUCUCAGUCCCUGCCCCUGCCUGUGGGCUCCGGGGGCUCCAGCCAGCUGCUGCAGGGCUGGGUGAGGAACAACACCUCUGUGAUGGACCUGAUCCUGAAGGUGGAGGAGUACCAGCGCCAGCUCCUCCCGGGACUGUUGUCUAUCAAUCUGGACAUGCAGGCCUCACUGUGCCACGAGGGGCUGGAGAUGAGACCUCUCAGGCCCUCCCUGCCCCAGGACACAGGCACUGCUUAGGACAGACACUCUGCCUUCUAGGACCCCUGCUUCUCUUCAAUCAGGCAGUACCCUGGACAACCUGAAUACCUUUAAGACCCCUCUUGUUUUCCAACACACUGUCUUAGAUAACUAGGCCUUCUCAGGGCCUGUCUCUUUAAAUCAGGCACUGCUCUGGACAGAGGUGCUUUGUAGGAGCCCUCCUCUUCCAGCAGGCACUUUCCUGAACAGCCAUGCCUUCCAGGACCCCUGCUCCUUUUCCAUCAGGCACUGCUCUGGAGAGCCACCCUGUCUUCCAGGACCCCUUCAGUAUCCUAAUCCUCCAGGUGUACUGGUUAGACUGAGUUGGAAACCAUUCUGAACUGGUCUAACGCUAGGAGGCGGUACUGCGUGUGUGUGUGUGUGUGUGUGUGUGUGGAAUCCAGCACGUUCGCGAGGGUCCCGUGUGACAUCAGUGCCUUCCAUAAAAAAACAAAAAGCAAACCGCAGAGUAAAAGAGCAGCUCUGAAAAAACACAAGAUUCUCUGCUACACAUGAGGGGGGGGGGGUUAAAAUAUAUUUUUAAAAAAUCAAGAAAUCCUAUAUUUUAUAUGUAGAUUGAGAGCAAUGGAGUUUUGAAGUGGAUUAACCAAAUUUGUGGAUGAUUAAUAAUAAUAAUAAUAAUAACAAUAAUAAUAAUGAGUGUGAAAAUAGACUUGCAAUGGUAUAACCACUGAGGACCGUCAAUACCUCUCUCACUUGCUUAUUAAUGUUAACAGUAUAUUAUUCAUCUCCAAAAACCUUUACAUUUUUCCCUUUAAUAAAAUUUGCUCCUGUUGCCUAUAAAGCUUGUCAAAGAAAUGGCUCACGGAAGGAGGCUGCAUCUUAUGUGUGUGUGUGUGAGUAUGAGACACGCCAGUUACUAAAGCUUAUCUUUUGGAGUUCCGUGAUGCUAAAGACUCAAGAUCUCAAACCUCCAAUGAGUAACACACCAGCAAGUUAAAGAGCAAAAUGAUAUGAUUAACAAACGGGACUAACUUCCCCUUGUGUGUGAUACAGUCCACUGUGCUGGGCUCGGC